GCCUCGCAUGCCCCAAUGCAUUCAAGCGAACACAAACGAUCUUUGUUUGCCAUUUCUUAAGCUUAGGAAAUUUAUACUACUUUAGUCUUGAAUUAUUUUCGUUGCGACACAUUCAGGCGGAACUGUGUUUAGAUAUGGAGGAGAAGACUCGAUCGAACCCGUUUUCGAUUUCCAAUAUUUUGAACAACGGCAGCUCUAGAGAGAGUCACGGGAGAAAAGAGUUGGAGAUAGCGACUGAGACGGGAGGAACACAUGACAGACAGCGCGCUGAACUUACAAAUAAAGAAGGUUGCGAAACUCGCCGGCCUGAUGCAAGCCCUUCACACCUAAAUAGAAGACUGGAGUACGACUUUGAUGACUGGAGCAGGGCGUCCGUUGAAGAUUCAUUGGAUAAAGACGACCGAUCCUCAGAAGGUGACAAGAAAGAUAUCAAUAAGAAACGAAGGAAGAAGAAGACAAGAACGGUGUUCUCUCGAAGUCAAGUAUAUCAACUGGAGUCGACAUUUGAUAUAAAAAGGUAUCUUUCCUCUUCGGAACGAGCUGGCUUGGCCUCACAACUUCACCUAACGGAAACGCAAGUUAAAAUAUGGUUCCAGAACCGGCGGAACAAAUGGAAGAGACAACUCGCUGCCGAAAUGGAAGCAGCUAGUUUAGCUCAAGCGAGCCACCAAAGAAUGGUACGUGUUCCUAUUCUGUACAGGGAGCAAAGUCGUCCCAGUGAACUAUCAACACACGCUCCGUACUCGUUUUACCAUCCUUCAUAUCCGGGUUUAGCUCAGUAUUCACAGCACUAUUCACAAUUUCUUCCUCCUCAUCUAAGACCAUCGCCGAUGUCCUCUUUGCUAUAACAGGUCUGCUACCGGAAAGGAAGAACAAUGACGUAGACAUGGAAUGACUACUUUCUCUCCACAUCGAAUCAAACCGCAGACUAAAGUGGAAAAAGUCUUACCUUCCACAAGGACACUUAAGAUUUUUUAUUUCAAAAUCUAGGCAAUGCUAUUUAUCUCAUAAAAAUCAUUUGUUUGAUACCCGGUCUUAAUAUCGUAACCCUAGAACAUCUCACGGGAAUACCUUUGCUAAGAGCGGAGAGCGCUUCGGCCGGAUAUAGUUGUCGUCACUUAGUAAGGAAAUUACAUCAAAAACUUGUAUUCCCCUCAUUUAAUCUAGUUUUUGUUAAGCGUUUCGAAACUAAAAGGCUUGAACUGAAGGGUCUUAGUUGCAAAGCACCAUGGAGUGUUUACAGUUGUUAUUUACACCUAUUUAUACAACACUAAAGGCGAUUAGGGCUAAGAGAUGAACCACUUUAGUUGUUGCACGGAAUAUUUAACGCAGAGUGGGGAUCGAGAAGCAUGUAAUUUGCUUUCGAUCCGCAGCAAAUCAUGUAAAUUUUGUAUAUCGAAUAUCAUUUGCGCAAAUUUGUUCGAAUUCGAAGAAUUCCAAAAACUAGUGUAAUUGCGGUGACAUAGAACAAGAGAGGUAGGGAACCAUUAACGACCCAAAGAUCCUUUCGCUGAGAAGCAUUUGUAGUUGAUUAUUUCAAACUCUCAAGAACAAAAAAGGUUAAUGAAUUUAGAGUUUGUGGGUCCAGAUUGUAAAAUACGUGCUAAAUUGUAGUCAAAUAUUUACAAUAAAAGAAAGAGUUUGUAAA